UGCUGACCCGGAACAUCCUCUGUUUCGACAUUAGCCAUUAGCCGAUCAGCAGCAGAUCAGCUGUUUUCCCACUAGUGGAUUCAUAGUUUAACUAUAAUAACGUGUAAUCUUUAUAUAAUAAUAUGACUUCAAACAACAUGAACGACCCGAGACGACAAAAUAAGAUUUUGCGGUACAAACCGCCCAGCACAGAAGCCAAUCCUACACUGGAAGACCCCACCCCUGACUAUAUGAACCUGCUUGGCAUGAUCUUCAGCAUGUGUGGACUAAUGCUCAAGUUGAAGUGGUGCGCGUGGAUUGCCGUCUACUGCUCGUUCAUCAGCUUCGCCAACUCCAGGAGCUCCGAGGACACUAAACAGAUGAUGAGCAGCUUCAUGCUUUCCAUCUCAGCGGUUGUGAUGUCAUACCUUCAGAACCCUCAGCCGAUGUCGCCGCCUUGGUAACCGGGGACCAAUCAGAACAAAUCUCCUGAAGACCGGAGAAUCAUUCAAGGCAGCUGUAUGACUCCCUGGUCGCUGGGUGGAAGAUGAUGGUGUGAAAUACUGAAAGAGAGAGAGAGAGAAAGAGCAGUUGGUCAGUCACAAGGACACUCGACCAAAAUGGCGAGAUCGCUUGACCUUUGUGGUCCAUUUUAAUAUUUUUAAAUUAACUCUUUUCAUGUCCUUUGUUGAAGAUGCCCUGAUAUUCCUUGUCUCUUUGCAGUUUAUCCAGAAUAAAGUGAAUUUUAGAGAAAACUAACUCUUGUCUUCCUUAUA